AUGCAAAGAUGUUUCUGGAGUAAUCUUGAUUCUGAUUAAGCAUUAUAAAAUAAAUUGCUUCUUGUUUUGGGAUUUGUAUGCAUUCGUUACCGGAGUAUACUUGUAUUUACUGCAUGAGUAACAGGAAUAUGCAGAGAGUCUGACUAACAAAACAAAACCAGCCAAGUUUUAGAACAAUACAUUUUUGAAAAUAAGAAACGAACCAGACUGAUUAAUAAUACUAAUCAAGACUGUGACUGUACAGACUGACUGAGUGACAGCCAGGGGAAGCCGCGGCGACACGGAAAACAACGUCUUAACAAGGAGUUGAUGUUUAGUCGGUAGAACUGCAGUAAUGUAUGAAGUUAUUGUCUUGAAAGAAGGAUACAAUCUUGACAGGGGAAAAGGCUGUCAGAGAGCUGAUGGAAGUGUUACUCUACUUAAAGGACGACACAACAUAAUAGUAGAUACCGGUAGCCCAAGAGAUAAAGACAAAAUAUUAACAGCAUUAAAAGCAAAUGGUUUGACACCUGAGAAUAUAAGUUAUGUGGUGUGUACUCAUGGCCAUGUUGAUCAUGUAGGAAAUCUGAAUUUGUUUCAAGAGGCUGUACAUAUCGUAUCCUAUGAUAUCUGUAUUGGUGAUAAUUAUGUGAUACAUGAUUUCAAAUCUGGAAUACCAUAUGAAAUCGAUGAUUUUGUAGAAGUUGUUGCUACACCAGGACAUACUGGAGCAGAUGUAUCAGUAUUAGUGAAAACAUUAAAACAUGGUAAUGUUUUAGUAUCUGGGGACUUAUUUGAAUGUGAAGAGGAUCUGGAGAACCCAGAAAUAUGGCAAGAAAAUAGUGAAAAUUGUGAAAUGCAGGAAGAAAGUCGAAUCCAGAUGUUAAAAUAUGCGGAUUACAUUGUACCAGGUCAUGGCACCAUGUUUAAAGUACCAGAUGAGUACAAGAGGCACUUGCGUGUUAUGAUGAUAGGUGUAUACCAUGAACUAAAUUUCUCUAAUAUGAAAUCGUCUUUUGAAUACACAGUGCUUGAAUGUGAUUAAACUGGGGCUACUCUUACCAGAAGUGUUAGGCAUUCAGAUGCUAGAUAACAUUACUAAACUUAAAGGAGUCGUGCCAGAUUUUUUGAUAUAAUUCUGUGUAAAAUCAAAGUUCUCUCCAAGUAUCUGAAGCUCUAUGAAACCAUAUUGAACCAAUAACUGGUUGCAUACACUUAUUAUUAAUCAUCUUGUUAUUGGGUUCAAGCUCUUUAAAAAAUAAAUAAAAAAAUAAAUAAUUCAAGUAAGAUUAACAUGAUACUUGACAUGCUUGUUCUUUUGAGAGUUGCACAUGGAUUGAUGGACUUCGAUUUUUAUAUGACGUCACAAAUGCAAGAUGACGUCAUACUUGGUUUGUUGUUUAUAUAGAUAGUACAUUCAUAUUUGUUAAAGAAAUUCAUACUGUAAAUUUUCUUGUAUGAAUGUUGACAAGUUUCUAAAUUGACAACAGUAUUAUAAUCUUCAGCAUUCAAUUUGCAUUAAUAUUUAACUAGUAUUUACAGAAAUCUGGGGUCUCUCCUUUAAUGUUUAGAAGAAAAUGAAGAUAAGCAACCGGUAACAGAGGCUUUGAUAUAUCACACUUCCUUCAUGAAAAAAAAAACCGGUUGAUAUGUUAUUAUCUUUACCUUUAUUAUGUCAUUAAUUAUGUCAUUUAUUGUAUGUUCUCAGAUAAUAGGUGAUUAUAAAAUACUGCUCAAUGGAAGCUGUGCGCUUUAAUUGCUGUUGUGGUGAAUUAACAUAUUUUCUUGCCCUUUUCUCAAAUUCUACAUCAAUAAAAUCUCACAUUAGUUUUUUUUAAAUCUGUAAAUUUCCUAUCAUUCUAGCCAUCAGAUAUAUUUUAUAUUUUUGAAUAUACAAUAUUUGAAAGUCAUUGAUUAUAUUUAAAUAUAACAUUUCUUGCUAAGUGAGUAAGGUGCUGGUUCACUAACCAGGAGGUCGCGGUUUUGAUCCAGGUGUUGUCAGUGGUGUAGGACAGGUCAUGGUAAGAAACAGCGUCUAGUUGUUUGGAUCUGAUUAAAAAACCAAGGGUCCAGUUUACACUUGAGUGUAAAAGAACCCUUGACAGUUGGAAUUCAAUUGCUAUCCAAGCAAAAGCUCCCUGGUGGGGCAAUGUAUGGUGUAUGCCCGUCUUCAUUAGCCAGGUUUGUGCUGAAAAGUAGAAGGUUAAACCCUAUUUGAUUCAUUAUUAUUUUAAUAUACAUGGAUCUUUGGGUAAAAAUUAUAUUAAUAAUUUAGCCCUUGCAGUACUGAAAUGAAAUGGGAAUUAAGUCCUACUGUUCUGCUCCGACUGGGCUAAUGAAGAUGGGCAUAUAUCUUACAGUGUGCUGUUGUCCGGGAAAUUUUGCACGGACACCGUACAGUGGUGUCACUAUGGUCUACUCUUAUAUCAAAUUCCAACUGCCAGGGGAUCUUUAACAUGUAUGCCAAUGUGUACAUAGGACGUUUUUUUUUUUUUUGUUUUUUUUUUUUGUCCCAUCCAAACAACUAUGUUGGCCCUUGCCAGGCGCUUGGUCCUGCAUCACAGACAAGGAGAAACCGCGCCAGGAAAUCUUGAUGAACUUUCUUGGCCAAUGCAGGGAUUGAACAUGGGACCUACAGAUUAACAAGUCAACGUCUUACCCACUGAGCCACCGUGGCUCCUCAUUGCAGUACUACUGGACACAAAAGUUGUUAUAUUACACUGUUUUUGGGAACAAUUUUUCACCACACAACACUGCUUAACAAUGAAUGAAUUUUAUCCGAAAUAAGUAAUAAAUGGGGUAUAUCCUAACUAUGCUAAUAACAAUGACAGUGUCAGAUCUUGAAAAUAAGACUGAUGGCAAAGAUAGAAGUAGAAGAAAAAUUUGUAAGAUCUACAGCAAUACACCUAAUUUACACUUCAAAAACAAUUAUUAUUGGUGGAGUUGUGAUCUCUAUUUGGAAACAUGGUCAUUAAAAUUAUUUAAAUCAUGUAGUGAAAUUUUAACCAUCACUCCAAUUCAUUUUCUGCUUGUAAUGUUGUCUAUUCAUUAUCAUUAAGAGUUUCGUCAUAUUUAUCGUUUGAUGUUGAAUUAAAGUUGUCCCAAACAAA